AUGGGUAUCGACCUCGAUCGCCAUCACGUCAAGGCGAGCCACCGAAAGGCUCCCAAGAGCGACAAUGUCUACCUCAAGCUCUUGGUGAAGCUCUACCGCUUCCUGGCCCGCCGCACCGACUCCAACUUCAACAAAGUCGUCCUCAAGCGUCUCUUCAUGUCCCGCAUCAACCGUCCCCCAAUGUCCAUCUCCCGCAUCGCCAGCAAAGUCGCUACCGAAACCGCAAAGAAAGCCUACGCCGACAAGACCAUCGCUGUGAUUGGCACCGUCACAGAUGACAACCGCCUGCUCACCGUCCCCGAGCUGCAUAUCGCCGCCCUAAGAUUCACAUCCACCGCCCGGGCCAGGAUUGAGAAAGCCGGCGGUGAAUGUCUUACUCUCGAUCAGUUGGCCAUGAAGCAUCCUACUGGUAGCAAUGUGGUGUUGUUGAGGGGUCCGAAGAACGCCAGAGAGGCGGUCAAGCAUUUUGGCAUGGGUCCUCACAAGCACAAGAAGCCAUAUAUCGAGAGCAAGGGACGGAAGUUCGAGAAGGGCAGAGGUCGCAGACGGUCCAAGGGUUUCAAGGUGUAA